UUCCCUACUAGGGAUACGGAGACGCCCCCAUUCCAUCCUCAUCUGCUCGCUCCGUCUCCCGGUUCAUGCCAUCCCCAUACGGCCACUAACUCCUACAUUCCACAGAUGUGUUUCCGUAGCAAUUCCUUGCCUGGUGGGAAACUCAGGGCAGAUUUGAAGACUGCCGGCAAAGAUCCAGCGAGGAGGUGGCGUAUCCAUCCCAAAAUCGCAACAUCUGGACUAAGUGAAGGAGCUGAAUAAGCACGUAUCACCCUCGUCGUCCUCGCCGCCAAUGCCUCCACGGCCGAGGCGCCACUCGUCGUCGCGCACAAGAAUGCUUCGCUCUACUGCCAGAUCCGAUCCGCGCGCUUUUGCCGAGAUAGUGGACGAAGAAAAAUGCCAGUCCACGAACCCUAUCCAUCCGCCGUCCUCGAUGAGCAGGUCCACCAGAUGCUUCACAACUCGCGUGCCGAGCUCGACGCCCCAUCAGCAGCUUCCUCUCUCCAGGGUGUAGCCAUUUGCCUCUUAAUGAGGUUUCAGCUUCAGAAUUGGUGGUGCCAUUUUCUCAUGGACAACCCAAAGCAGCCAGGCGCCUAUGGUGGGUCUCAGUUCAUCAGUUCAAAAGGCAGUUUGCACAUCUUGAGGAGCAUCAUAGUGAGAAGGAGAAAGAGGUUCUACACUGCAAAGAGAGCAUGCUUCUUUACCAAGGUACAACAGCCAUAAAACUGAAUAUUAUUUGGCUAGAACCUGAAAUGGCGGAAACUCUCAGGAAUCAUGGUGCAACCGUGCAUAGAUCACUUGUCUAAACUAGUUACAUCGUUGUGAUUAAGAAUAAGGAUUACCUGAUGGUUGUCUCCUAUUUUCUGUUGUAGUGCAAACCGUCUAAAGCUAACUGUUGGAUGGGGUUGGCGAAGGUGUGCUUGAAUAAGGAUCACCUGAAGGCGUGGAGUCCCUGGCUGCUGGUUGUUGUGUGUCCUGGCGGGCGGUAGUUUGAGUCCACUGCAGGCAGUGGCGGCUGUAAUAUGUACUAGUAUAGGCAUGCAGACAACAAUUGGAAAUUGUAUGAUUCAUGUGAUCAUUUUCCUUGUAUUCUUUUCUAUUGUUGGUUAUAUAUCAGAUUUUAGAAGAUUCUUGUGAUCCUUUUCCUUGUAUUCUUUUCUAUUGUUGGUUAUAUAUCAGAUUUUAGAAGAUUCUUGUGAUCCUUUUCCUUGUAUUCUUUUCUAUUGUUGGUUAUAUAUCAGAUUUUAGAAGAUU